AUGUAUUCACUGUUUUUAUUUGAUUUCAAGAGAACAGACGACAAUCUUUCUUUUUGUUUCUUCUUGACUCUUGCGUUUCUAUUUUUCUUUCAUUGCACUUUCCAUUUCUUUCUUUCUUUCUUUCUUUCUUUCUUUCUUUUCUUUUCUUUUCUUUUCUUUUCUUUCUUUCUUUCUUUUCUUUUCUUUUCUUUUCUUUUCUUUUCUUUAUUUCUUUCUAAACGUUCGUUCAUUCAUCAUUUCUACCCAUCCUUUCUCUCUCUCUCUUUCUUUCUUUCUUUCUUUCUUAUUAAUCUUUCUUUCAAUUCUUUCUUUCGUUUUCACAUUCUACUGAUAUUGCGUACAUUCUCUCUUUCUAAUCGUGUUUUCGUCCUUUCUUUCUUUUCUUUUUCCUUUCUCUUUCUAUUUUCUCUUACUCUAUCCUCUCUUACUUUUGUUUAUUUGUCUUCUUCUUUCUUGCUUCUUUCUUUCUUUUUUCUUUCCUUCUCAUUCAAUAUUUUUUCUUUUAUUCUCUACUUUCGUCUUUCAUUUUCAUCCGCCAUUUUUAGACCAUCAUUUUUCUUUCUUUCUUUCUUUCUUUCUUUCUUUCUUUCUUUCUUUCUUUCUUUCUGUCAGCUUGGCGUACCCCCCCCCCAUCUUUCAAACCAGUACGGUCCACAACUUGAUUUUACGACUUUCAAUACAAACCCAAAUUUUAUUCUCUUUCGUUUUCUCUCGGCUCCUUCAUUUCUUUUACUUUUUCCCAUCCUGACAUCCGUUUCCGGUUCUAGCAUAAGUCUUCUGUAUUUUACAGUGAAUUGA